CCUGGCCGCGGCGACUCGGCGGAAACGGCGGCGUUGGCAGCGGCGGAGCGGGUCUGCGGGUGGGCUCCGUGUUUGCCGAGUGUCACCUCGGCGUCCCGCCGCCCGCUGCGUGUCCCCGGUCGGCACAGGAGGCAGCAUGUCGGUGGCGGGGCUGAAGAAGCAGUUCUACAAAGCGAGCCAGCUGGUCAGCGAAAAGGUUGGAGGGGCAGAAGGGACCAAACUUGACGAUGACUUCAAGGAAAUGGAAAAAAAAGUGGAUUUGACCAGCAAGGCAGUUACAGAAGUAUUGACCAGAACAAUAGAAUAUCUGCAGCCAAACCCAGCUUCCAGAGCCAAGCUAACCAUGCUGAACACGAUGUCGAAGAUCCGUGGGCAGGUGAAGAAUCCUGGCUACCCGCAGUCAGAAGGGCUGCUGGGGGAGAGCAUGAUCCGCUACGGCAAGGAGCUGGGCGAGGACUCCAACUUUGGCGAUGCGCUGCUUGAUGCUGGGGAAUCUAUGAAACGAUUGGCUGAAGUGAAGGACUCACUGGAUAUUGAAGUCAAACAAAAUUUUAUUGAUCCCCUCCAGAACCUGUGUGACAAAGACCUGAAAGAGAUCCAGCACCAUCUCAAGAAGCUGGAAGGCAGACGCUUGGACUUUGAUUACAAGAAGAAACGACAGGGAAAAAUCCCUGAUGAGGAACUCCGACAGGCCAUGGAGAAGUUUGAAGAGUCCAAGGAAGUAGCAGAGACCAGUAUGCACAACCUCCUAGAAACUGAUAUUGAGCAGGUGAGCCAGCUGUCGGCCCUGGUGGAUGCUCAGCUGGACUACCACAGGCAGGCAGUGCAGAUCCUGGAUGAACUGGCAGAAAAGCUCAAACGCAGAAUGAGGGAGGCCUCCUCACGUCCCAGGCGGGAAUACAAGCCCAAACCCAGGGAGACGUAUGACUUUGGAGAGAGUGACCAAUCUAACGGGGGCUUCUCUUGUGCUCCCACCCCUAAAGUCUCAGCUUCCUCCUCUUUCCGAUCCGACAAGCCGUCCCGGGCCUCCGUCAGGAGUAUCCCUCACCUGGACCAGCCCUGCUGCAAGGCGCUCUACGACUUUGAACCCGAGAACGAUGGUGAGCUUGGCUUCAAGGAAGGCGACAUCAUCACCCUGACCAACCAGAUCGAUGAAAACUGGUACGAGGGCAUGAUCAAUGGCCAGUCAGGCUUCUUCCCACUCAACUACGUGGAAGUGCUGGUUCCGCUACCUCAGUGAAUUGGCAGCUCUCCCCGUUCCUCUCCACUCGUGCCCCCUCACAGCGCAGGGCCGAGCCUGCAUUCCACGUUUGUCCUGACACGAGCCCUCUAGUGAGGUGGGGAGAGAAGACACGGCCAUUUCCUGUAUCAUCUCGGGGUGAGUUUGCCACCAGGGAACAAGCCAGAAGGGUCAGACAGCCCUAUCCUGGAGAAUAUGUUUUGUCUUUUGUUUUGGUUUUUUUUUUUUGUGUCCUUCUGGUGCUUGAACUUAGGUACUUUAUGAAUCCUGCCAGGUUCUUCCAGUCUGUACGUUCAAGCUGGGUCAUAGGCCUCUCCCUGUCCAGUUUUUGUCUUUCCUUUGGUCCACUUUCCGUAUGAACCAGGUUGGCUGUGCUGGAGAGCCGGGGUGCAUGACCUUCAUGCUGAUCAUUACCCCAGGUCACCCGGUGCUGAGCAGCCCUGAGCCUCGUGGAGGGGUGAGAGGUUUGCCCCUCCUUCAGGAUGGUGUGGGCAUCUGCCCCUGAACACUACCCACCUCCCCUCAGCCUACAGCCCCUGCUCAAUCUGACACCCAGCUGCUGUGGGAAGGGACUCAGCUUCCUCAGCACCCCAGAGCCAGGGCUCAGUGGAGAAAGCACGGAGCAGAGCAACACUAUGACACAGAUGGAACACUACACCAGCUCAAGGCAGUGCUGAGCCUCUGUGCUGUCCCUCCCCUCCCUGGAGAGGGGCAGAGAUGUCUGAUGCAUGGUGCUGGCUCUCUGUCCUCUCCGUGGCACGGCACGGUUCAAUUCCUUUCUGCCCUGGAAAUGUUUUAAGCUGGGCUGCUUCUGAAGUUUGGGCUUUUCCUGCUGCAGCCUCUACCUGCAAAACUGAGGGGGACUCAAGGGGCAGUUUGGGCUGCAGCCCAGGGUCUGCCUAUGGAAUAUCCCAAGUUGGAAUGGACCCUUAAUGAUCAUCGAGUCCAACUCUUAGCUCCAGACAAGGGAGGCAGGUGAAUGCUCCUGCCCAUGGUGAGGCAGAGCAGAUUGCAGAAUGGUCCCAUGCAAGAUCCUCUCACCUGCUAGCUCUGUGCUUGUUCUCCCCAUCAGAACCCCAUGAGGCUGAGCUGCAGUCCCUCUGCUUGCUCCUUGGGGCUGCUUGCUUUGGACCAGGUUAAUCCUCAUGUGCCUUUCCUGCUGCCCCUCCUCUGCCCCCUCCCCAUGGCCAUCUCCACCCAUUGGGAGAAGCUGCACCCUGGGCUCUGUGACCUUCAGCUUCUGCACCCUGCAAAUGCGUUUGGUGGAAAAGGCAUCUUAUAUCUCUGCACCCCUUCUGCCCUGCUCCUGGCUGUUCUGGCUGCUCCCAGCCUCUUUCCCCAUACACGUUUUGGAACGGGGCUGGGAGCUACAGUGCUCAGCUCCUGGGGAAGAGAGCACAGCGCUGCAUCCACAGCUCCUGAGCUCCAUUUCUUGCUUUUCCAGUGUUGAUAGAAAAAUGGUUUCCCUGCUCUGGGGGCCUGGCACCUCUGCUGCAGCACUUGGCAGGGCUCUGGCACUGCAUUUCUUGACCAGCAACCUCCUGGCCACGCAUGCAAGCCUUAGCUCCCUGCCAGCCCCACACUGCAGCUACUCCAUCUCCUGUUACAUUUACACAGAACGUUUUUAAUGUUUUUAACCAUGCAUGUUGAUGUACGUCUGGUCCCCUGCUACACCUUGGGCUGACCCUCGUCUGGCACCAGUGCCUGACCCUCCCUCCUGGUGCAGGAUGUGGGAGCACACGUGGAUUUCUCCCCCAGCUCCCAGCAGUGCAGGGGGCCGAAGGGACCGAUGGCCUCAGUGCCCUGUCCCUGCCCCACUGAGGGCUGCAGCCGUGGCCCAGGGCUGCUGGCUCCUGCUCAGGUGGAUGGAGAUGAGUCUGUCAGCUGGGACAACUUGCAAGACCUUUUUUGUAAUGGUUUGUAAAGGGGAAAAGAAAAAGAAAAAAAAAAGACUCCCAAAUCUCAACUUGUAUCUCUGAAUAAAAGUAUUAAAUGUUUUCUUCUUUCUAA